GAUCUCAAACUUCCCCACUUGAUUUCCUUCUUCCCCUCUCAGAUUUCACUAUUAUUUUACUUUAAUUUACUUUAAAUUUUAAUAAAUUAUGGGUGCUUGAGGGUGUAGGAAAGAGUUAAUUGUUUGGGUUUUUUUUGCUUGUUUUUUCCCCUUCUUUUUGGAUUGGUUUCGGGGGGGGGUUCCACCUUUUUUUUUGUUUGGGGUUCCAUUUGGGGCACGGGUUAGGUUUUUGCCUUUGGGUUGCGUUCCCUUUUUUCAAAGGUUUUUUUUUUUUUUUUCUCUGUCUCUCUCUCUCUUUUUUUUCUUUUUGUUUUAUGUUCUAGUUUUUGUCCCUUAUACUUCCUUUUUAUACCGACCCUUUUGUUUGAAGUAUGACUUCUCCAAUUUCUCAAAAAAUGAUUGAGGAGAUUGAUCCUAUACAAUCAACAAAUAACGCUGCAAAAGAAAGGAAUGAGUUUGCGGGAUUAGAGUUGACCAGUGAUGUUGCUAUCUCUCUUGAUGUGGUAAAAGGUGAGGAACGUGGAGAAUUGUUGGGUAAAGCUAGAGAAUGGAUGCCUUAUGAAGGAAUGCAAUUUCCAUUAGAGGAUGAAGCUCGUGGUUUUUACAAUGAAUAUGCUAGAAGAAUGGGAUUUAGCAUUCGAACAAAAUCAUCAAAGAGAACAACCCCAAAUGGACCUCUUGAUCGAAAGUAUUAUGUUUGCUACAAGGCUGGUAAAAAGAGAAAUUAUGAGCCUAUAUUCAAACCCUUGUGUGAUCGCCCACAAUGAGUUUUUGUUUCUGGACUGUAACUUCUUUAUUAAGUUUUGGGUUUUCUUUAGUUUUUCUUGGUGGUUCAAGUAAUGUUCAGAUUCUAAUUUGUUUUGCUUUAUUGUUGUGAUUUGUUUCUCUUGUUUGUUGAUUUUGUCCCUGUGCUGAAAUACUUUGUUUCCCUCUGGUUUGAUUUGGUUUGAUUGAUCCUUGCCAACUGAGUUUAUAUUGCUUGUUCUUUUGUUGUUGAUUUGUUUAUUGCCUUUGAUAUGUUUAGUCGAACUUUCUUUGGAAAUCAUCAAAUUUGUUAAUUCAUGUGUUUUUUGUUUUUCUAUGCUUGAGAGAGUCUAGAGAUUUUAGAAUUU